GCACACGAAUUGCGUCAUUUCUGCGCGCCAGUUUAUCUGUCAUGCUGCUCUGACAUUCAGCAGGUUGAAUGUGGAUGAUGGAUAAACGGAGCAGGUUGUUGAAUUAUUAGAUAACGGGAUCGCUGGUGGUGUAGAAGAUGUGGAACAGCGUCGGGAGGAUCUCGUUCCUGCCCAGCCUGAACCUCUCCUUAAGGUCCCGGUUCCGUGGAAUCCAUCCGAUAGCGAGAUGCAUGUCCCAGGGCGUGAUCAGGAUGGACUCGAGACCCGGACCCGAUCGCGCUCUCACCUUCAGAUACGUAACGUCAGUGGCAUGUUUGUACCUGCAGCCGUUUGGCGUGAGGUCCAUGAGCUCGUCCGGAUCCGGGUGGUACGAAAGCGUGGCGGAUUCAGCUCCGGUCCACUUCACCGAGCAGCUCCUGAUCUCUAGCCAGCAGAUGACGACGUUGCCGUGGUGGGCGGGCAUCAUCUGCACCACGGUGGUGCUGCGCAGCAUCAUCACUUUGCCGCUCGCCAUAUACCAGGCCACCAUCAUCGCAAAGAUUGAAGCCGUCCAGAAGGAAAUAGCAGAGCUGGCACACCGGCUACGCUACGAGAUCUCAGUCAGGGCCAAGGAGAAGGGCUGGUCUGAGAAAAUGUGCAGGUAUCACUUUAAGAAGAAUCUGCGUCGGAUCGUGUCUGAGCUGUACGUGAGGGAUAACUGCCACCCUUUCAAGGCCAGUUUGCUCGUCUGGGUACAGUUGCCCAUGUGGGUGUGCGUCUCUCUCUCCCUGCGUAACCUCAGCGUGGGAUUGGAACACGUCCCAGCCGGAUUGCAGCAACAACUGGCAGCAGGUGGCGCCCUCUGGUUUUCAGAUCUCACCAUACCGGACUCGACCUGGAUCAUCCCCGUGUCUCUGGGCCUCAUCAACUUGCUCAUCACUGAGGUGUACGCACUGAGCAAGCUCGAACAAUCGACGUUCCAGAAGUGCGUGACCAACUUCAUCAGAGGAAUCUCUCUGGUCAUGAUUCCUUUAGCCGCCACUGUACCUUCUUCCAUGGCGCUGUAUUGGCUCAGCUCCAGCUGCAUCGGUCUCGCUCACAACCUGCUCCUGCGUUCUCCACGGUUCCGUUCACUCUUCCGAAUCCCACCAUCACGCUCGGACUCUCCCACUCCCUACAGGGACAUCGCCGCCGCCUUCGUCAACAAAUACAUCAAAUAAACUCGUAAAAAAAUCCCUUGUCCUGAGUGCAACAUUUUGCUCCUCUUUUCAGGAUGAUUUCAUAGGGGGAGAAGCGAACCGUAAGCAUGAAGACCGAGGAAUUUGUGGAAUGUCCAGUUUUUUGGAUUCAAGGUCAAAAUAUUUAUAAAGGAGUCCCAAAGCUUCCUGUGUGGAAGUAAACUUUCUGAAGUCGUCUCAUCUCACAGUUUGUAAAAUGUCAGACAGAUACAAUUGUAAUAAAUCGUGAAAAAAAUCAUUUUGAGAAGUUA